CUGUUUUCCACUGUCUCAGCUGCCGGACUUCUCUCCUCCCCACCCUGCUCGCUGCUGCAGCAACAAAGUUCAAGGUUUUACGUACCGAUGGCUCUGGCCAGCUGGUUCUUAGUCAUCGCCUGGAUUUGGUUGGUGCCACUGAUGCACGCCGUCGCUGGGGCUGAGGAGCAGCAAGGGGAAGGCUGCUCGAGCUCGGCCCGGAGUUGCGGCAACCUCACCAUCUCCGACCCAUUCUGGCUCACCAACAUGGAUACGAGAAGAUCAUGCGGUUCCUUGGAUUUCGAGGUCAAUUGCUUUAACAACACUUCAGCAAUUCUACAGAGCUCUAUACCCGGCAGUUUUGGUUUUGCCAUCGUCAACAUCUCAUAUCAGGAACGCAACUUGCAUGUUGUUGAUCAAGGGAAACUGCAAGCUCUGCAAGCCCCCGACGGCUGCCAAGUACCGACAUUGAACACCUCCGCCAAAGUGGGCCGCCCGUUUAGGAUCUCACCAAUCAACCUGAACCUCGUGCUGUACAACUGCACGUCCGAGGCCGCGGCGGCGGCUUUAUCACGUCGAGGUGGAGAGCUGGUGCAGAUAAGGAUCAGGUGCGGGAACCAAAGCGAGGUGUUUGUUCGCACAACAGGCCGUUACAACGAGACAAGCAGCUACGAUAGCUAUGAGGGAUGCAACACUGUCAUCAUGCCGGUGCUCAUAUCAUCGGGCGAGGCAAACACGAACGACUACGAGCAGCUCAUCAGCGAUGGCUUCCUCCUGACAUGGGCGCACCCUCUUCCUGCACCUGCACGUAGUGACAGGAGAGGGAAGAAGAUUAUGCUAAUAGGUACUACAUCAGCAGCUGCAACCUUUCUCUUUGCAUGUCUUUAUGUGCUGAUAUGGCAUAGAAAAGGGAAAAGACUAUGGUUUCUCCUUUGCAAGAAGGGUAGCAGCAACACUGAGAAGAAUUACGAGGCCAUGAUAGUAUCAUAUGGAUCCCUAGCUCCAAAAAGAUACAUGCACUCAGAGUUAGCAGAUUAG